AUGGGUGACCUAGAAUUAUUUUCUAAAUAUAAAAAUGAUGCAGAUUUUUCAAUUUAUAUUAAAAUGAUUUUGGCUUUAGCUUUUGUUAAAAUUGACGACAUUUACAAUAGUGUAAACUUAUUAUAUGAUGAACUGCCUGAAGAAAUAUUUCCUCUCUUGGAAUGGUUUGAAGAAAACUACAUCGGUACAGUUGUAAGAAAUCGUUGUCGAAACCCACUUUUCCCCCCUAUAAUUUGGAAUGUUCAUGAUCGCGUACUUAAUAAAGACGAUCGAACAAAUAAUCAUGCAGAAGCGGCAAAUCGUCGUCUUAAUCUACAAAUGGCAGUUGACCAUCCGACACUAUGGGCAUUUAUAUCAUGUUUAAGGAGAAUACAAAGUGGCCGAGACACGUUCUUUUGCCAAUUAGAAACAGGCAAAAGUCCACCAAAAAAGAAAAAAAAAAUACAUCGACGUCGAUAA